AUGCUCUGUGUGAUGCUCUGUGUGACGUUCUGUGUGAUGCUCUGUGGGACGUUCUGUGUCACACAGAGGAAGACCUGUGUGAUGUUCUGUGUCACACAGAGGAAGACCUGUGUGACGUUCUGUGUCACACAGAGGAAGACCUGUGUGACGUUCUGUGUCACACAGAGGAAGACCUGUGUGACGUUCUGUGUCACACAGAGGAAGACCUGUGUGACGUUCUGUGUGAAGUUCUGUGGGACGUUCUGUGUGACGCUCUGUGUGACGUUCACAGCGUCUAUCCGAGAGGUGACAGGCUAUGUGCUGGUAGCUCUGAACCAGUUUGACUACCUGCCCCUGGAGAACCUUCGCAUUGUGCGGGGCACCAAGCUUUACGAGGGACGCUACGCCCUGGCCAUCUUUCUUAAUGAUGAGCUUGGAGGGUACUAUGGUGUUGAAUACGUCGGUGUCCGUGAAUUGGCUGAGAUCCUGAACGGGGGGGUUUAUGUUGACCAGAACAAGUUCCUGUGCCACGCCGACACCAUCCACUGGAGAGACAUCAUCAAGAACCCCCAAGCUGAACUCUUGGUGGUACCGUCCAACAACAGUGGCCUUGGAUGCAAACGAUGUCAUCGCUCUUGUAACGGACGCUGCUGGGGCCAUCAGGACAACCAGUGCCAAAGCUUGACCAAGACUGUGUGUGCUGAGCAGUGUGACGGCCGUUGCUUCGGCCCCUACGUCAGUAACUGUUGCCACAGGGAGUGUGCUGGGGGCUGCUCGGGACCCAAGGACACAGACUGCUUCGCCUGCACCAACUUCAACGACAGCGGGGCGUGUGUGACCCAGUGCCCCCAGCCCUUUGUGUACAACCCCACCACCUUCCAGCUGGAAUCCAACCCACGGGCCAAGUACACCUAUGGAUCCUUCUGUGUGGAGAAGUGUCCCCAUAACUUUGUGGUGGACCACAGCUCCUGUGUGAGGGCUUGUCCCAGCAACAAGAUGGAAGUGGAGGAGAACCGCAUCAAGAUGUGCAUCCCCUGCACUGACAUCUGUCCCAAAGUGUGUGACGGCAUAGGGACUGGCAGCCUGCAGACAGCCCAGACGGUGGAUGCCAGUAACAUAGAGAUGUUUGUCAACUGCACCAAGAUCAACGGCAACCUCAUCUUCCUCAUCACCGGCAUCAAAGGGGAUAUGUACCAUGGUAUAGGGGCCUUGGACCCGGAGCGGCUCAACGUGUUCCGCACAGUGAGAGAGAUCACAGGGUUCCUCAAUAUCCAGUCCUGGCCAGAGAACAUGACAGACCUCGGUGUCUUCUCCAAUCUGGCAACCAUCGGUGGGAGAUCACUGUACAGUGGGAUCUCUCUGCUGAUCCUGAAGCAGCGUUGGAUCUCCUCUCUCCAGUUCCAGUCUCUGGAUGAGAUCAGUGCGGGCAACGUGUACAUCACCAACAACAGCCGCUUGUGCUUCUACAACACCGUCAACUGGACCAGCCUGUUCCGCACCAGCAACCAGAAGGCGCUCAUCCGCAACAACCGCGCUCCCAGCGAGUGCACCCAACAGAGGAUGGUGUGUGACCGGCUGUGUUCUGAAGAUGGCUGCUGGGGUCCAGGGCCUGACCAGUGCCUCUCCUGUCGUUACUUUAGUCGAGGACGUUCCUGUGUGCCGUCCUGCAACCUCUAUGACGGAGAUGAGCGUGAGUUUACCAAUGGUUCAGUAUGUCUGGAAUGUGACAGCCAGUGUGAGAAGUCUCAGGACAAGACCAUGACCUGCCUCGGAACGGGCCCAGAUCAAUGUGUGACCUGUCUUCACUUCAAAGACGGGCCCAACUGUGUGGAAAAGUGCCCCGACGGCCUCCAAGGCACCAACAGCUUCAUCUUCAAAUAUGCCGAGGCCAACAACGAGUGUCACCCCUGCCACGCCAACUGCACCCAGGGCUGCGUUGGGCCUCGGCUCCAAGACUGUGUUGGAAUGAUGGACAGGACGCCCCUGAUCGCGGCCCUGGUGAUCGGUGCUCUGUUUGUCAUCGUCAUCGUGGCGCUGAGCGUGGCGGUCUACGUGCGCCGUAAGAGCAUCAAGAAGAAGAGGGCUCUGCGCCGCUUCCUGGAGACAGAGUUGGUGGAGCCCCUGACCCCUAGCGGCACGGCCCCCAACCAGGCCCAGCUUCGCAUCCUCAAAGAGACAGAGCUCAAGAGGGUUAAGAUCCUCGGCUCGGGAGCCUUCGGCACAGUCCACAAGGGUAUCUGGGUCCCAGAGGGCGAGACAGUAAAGAUCCCAGUGGCCAUAAAGAUCCUGAACGAGGCUACGGGGCCCAAAGCAAACGUGGAGUUCAUGGACGUGAGUAUUACACUACAACUAAAUAUUGACAGGAUUACAACCCAGGACAACCCAGACAACCCAGGACAACCCAGGACAACCCAGACAACCCAGGACAACCCAGAUAACCCUGGACAACCCAGGACAACCCAGGACAACCCAGACAACCCAGGACAACCCAGACAACCCAGGACAACCCAGACAACCCAGGACAACCCAGACAACCCAGGACAACCCGGACAACCCAGGACAACCCAGACAACCCAGGACAACCCAGACAACCCAGGACAACCCGGACAACCCAGGACAACCCAGACAACCCAGGACAACCCAGACAACCCAGACAACCCAGAUAACCUAGACAACCCUGGACAACCCAGACAACCCAGGACAACCCAGACAACCCAGGACAACCCAGGACAACCCAGACAACCCAGGACAACCCAGACAACCCAGACAACCCAGACAACCCAGGACAACCCAGGACAACCCAGACAACCCAGACAACCCAGAUAA